CUCCCCUUGCUUGGCUCUGGCUGGGAAGGAAAGAAGCGGGGAGAGGGAAUGGUGUAACGGGCAAGCAGCUCCGAAACCAGCCCUAGGGAAUGCAAAACUUUGUGGCUGAAAUCGACCACAAUACGCUGUCUCUGCGUGCCUGAAGACUUAUUAAAACAUCACCUCGUUUCUCAUGGAAGCAGAUGGAUUUGUGAGGAGGCGUCGGAUGACAGCGGAGACUGCAGGCAAUGAUCCCGGUGUUGCGGGCGCAUCUGCCGGGGCAGAAGUUCGAUGGCUGGGAGGCAGGUUUUGGGUAGUUUCGGAAAGUAUUGUGGGAAGCCUGACACCUCGAAUCGCUGGCGAGACAGAAUUGCAGACUGUUGAUUUGAUCCGUACAGCACAAGAUCAAACAGAGGACUCUGAACCAGACUAUGAGGGUUUACCACAGGGAGCCUCCACCAGCACCCACAUGUUGGCUGGAGCCGUGGCCGGGAUCAUGGAGCACUGCCUCAUGUUCCCCAUCGACUGUGUCAAGACAAGAAUGCAAAGCCUCCAGCCCGACCCCGCAGCUCGCUACAAGAACGUGAUGGAUGCCCUCCGCCGAAUUAUAGCCACAGAGGGAGUCUGGCGGCCAAUGAGAGGGCUGAAUGUGACAGCUGUUGGGGCGGGGCCUGCCCACGCCCUCUAUUUUGCCAGCUAUGAGAAACUCAAAAAGACUCUAAGUGAUGUCAUUCACCCAGGGGCUAACAGUCAUUUGGCUAAUGGAACAGCUGGGUGUGUGGCCACUCUGCUUCAUGAUGCAGCCAUGAACCCAGCCGAAGUCGUGAAGCAACGCAUGCAGAUGUAUAAUUCGCCCUACCGCGGCGUGUUGGACUGUAUACGCGCCGUGUGGCAGAGAGAGGGUGCUGCAGCAUUCUACCGCAGCUACACCACCCAGCUCACCAUGAACGUGCCCUUCCAGGCGCUCCACUUCAUGACCUACGAGUACCUUCAAGAGCUGCUUAACCCCCAAAGACAGUACAACCCCUCAUCCCACAUGUUGUCCGGAGCUUUGGCUGGGGCCAUCGCAGCUGCAGCCACCACACCUCUGGAUGUCUGCAAGACCCUACUCAACACCCAGGAGUCUGUAACCCUCAGCUCCCUGUCCUCAAGCCAAGGCCCCGGCCAGAGCCAAGGCCAAGGAGCCCACAGACAAAUCUCAGGCCUGGCCCAUGCCUUCCGGACAGUUUAUAGGCUGGGCGGCCUGCAGGGCUUCUUCAAGGGAGUCCAGGCGAGGGUCAUCUACCAGAUGCCCUCCACAGCCAUCAGCUGGUCAGUGUAUGAGUUCUUUAAGUAUGGACUCACCAAGCACCAGCACAACAAGAGGAGACUGCAGCAAAUGGAAGCUGACACGUAAAUUGUCUCCUCAUAUAGCUCUGCCCUCCCUGUGGGGAGAAGAUGAAGUCAAUACGCACAUAGAAUUUGAUUGAAGCCCACCUCAGUUGUCCCAUCCCUUUCAGACAUAGCCGAUAAGAAAGACAUCUUUGAAGACAGUUUGAAUAGAAAUGUUCCUGCUACACCAUUUCAAGACUAGGCAUUGUUUGAGUUAUGUUGUUUUUCUGUACUAGGAGACAAACAUUUACACAGUAUUAUAGAGCUAGUUUAUCUGGAGUUUUUUUUUUUUUUAAACCAUUCUAGUGACCAGUCCAACUGAAGAAAAUUGAUGAACGCACAAGUUUUGAGAUGGAGAUGUUGUCAGCAGAGGGCAGUAGUGGUACUUUAACUGGUAGUUUCACAUGCUUUGCUGUCCUAGGAUCAGAUUUAAGAAAUGAAAAUGACAACUGACUCCUACAGUUAUACAGACCCUUCUCCAGAUUCAUGAAUUCACAUUUUUGAAUAUCCAACAGAAUAUUACUCACAAUAAUCCAAGACCAGACAAGUUGUUUGUUAUUGGUGUCUGGUUGGGGCUACACAAAGGCAUUCAUAUAUUAAUAAGUAUUCCAUUCACAUUUAAAUGCAAAUGAAGCAUGGCUGAGGUCAUUUUGUUGAUAAUGCAACACACUCAUUUACUGACUUCGAUUAGUGACCAGAUACUUUUUAUAUCUAACAUAAUAAACAAAAAUGAAGACCACAAUAUAAAUAUAUAUAUUUGGAUUAAUUGUACUGUGCAAAUAGUCCAAUAUUAUGAUUGGCUCCACAAAUGGACAAAGAGACCAUGGAUCGUUUGAGUUUCCCUUUUUGUUUGGCUAUUGGCAGUCAAAAGAAUGAAUAUGAAUAAUUAGUUUCUUUGCCCUAUCUAAUGUCAAAGUUAAUGAUUGUUGCCUAUAAUAGAAUUUUGAAAAAGAAAUACCAACUUUCAGUUAUUCUGAAGUUUCGGAAGUGUAUGUUUAUUUUAACUGAAGUUGAUUUCUCAAAUGUUAUUUUAUUUCCAGAAAAUAUAUUGGUUUAAUUUUUUUUCUUACGUUCCCAUUUAUAUGCUUAACCAACCCUUGUAUCAUGGAACUACUCACCAUUAUUGCCUUGUGUACCAGUUUGGCAAAGCAGCAUUAAGAUGGCCAUUCCUGUGAAUUAACUGUAGCUAUCAGCCUCUUUUCAUCUUGUGAACUACUGAGUGUCGAUACCUAGCAAACUGGCUGCAUAAAAUGUACGGAGCUCCAAAAAUAAGGAAUUUUGCAAAAAUGUAUGAGGAGUUCAGUAUCCCAAAAGUCAAAUCGUACCCCUGUUGAGUACACAUUAAUGGAAGCUGUCAUUCUUAUUGAUUGAAGUCUGAUUGUUUCUGACACUGAAUUGCACUCAAAUAAAAACUGAGCAGUGGGGCUUUAUCCACUGUUCUUAAAUGA